AUGAGAACCAUCAUGACUUUCAGUGCGCUCGUUGCAGUCAUCCAAUUCUUUGCACUUGUUGAUGCAGGAGUAAUUGUACCAUCACUGUCAGUGGUGGAUCGUCACUCAGUGCCAAUACUAGGAUCAAGAACAACAAUCUCCGAACAUGGAGAAACUGUUGUGUCUCAUUCAGCUCCUGCUGUAAGUGUCCAUGCUGCUCCUAAUCCAGAAGUUGUAGCAACUUACUCUGCUCCAACAGUGACAGCACACGCUGCUCCAGUAGUAACUGCUCAUGCUGUUCCAGUCAUCGAAACUCAUGCCACACCGAUUCUUGGAGCCCGAACCACUAUCUCUGAACAUUCAACAAGCAUCGCCCACCCAUUUCCUGCUGUACAUGCUAUAGUUGCUACACGCGCUGAACCAGUUGUGACUGCCCAUGCUGUACCAGUAGUAACUGCCAAUGCUGCACCAGUCAUAGAAGCACAUGCCACGCCAAUUCUUGGAUCCAGAACAACUAUCUCUCAACAUUCUACUAGCGUCGCCCACCCAUCUCCUGCUGUACAUGCUAUAGUUGCUACACACGCUGAACCAGUUUUGACUGCCCAUGCUGUACCAGUAGUAACUGCCAAUGCUGCACCAGUCAUAGAAGUACAUGCCACGCCAAUUCUUGGAUCCAGAACAACGAUCUCUCAACAUUCUACUAGCGUCGCCCACCCAUCUCCAGCCGUACAUGUUGUGGAUGCUACACGAACUGUACCAGUAGUGACUGCUCAUGCUGAACCAGUAGUGACUGCUCAUGCCGAACCAGUAGUGACUGCCCAUGCUUUGCCAGUUCUUGGAUCCAGAACCACUAUCUCUGAACACUCAACUAGCGUCGCUCACCCAUCUCCAGCCAUACAUGCUUCAGAUGCCACACGUGUCGUACCAGUAGUGACUGCUCAUGCUGUACCUGUAGUACCUACUCCUACGAUACCAAUAGUUAAAGCUGAUGUCAUACCAGUUCUUGGUGACAGAACCACAAUUUCUGAACGUGCUACCAGCAUUGCCCAUCCAUCUCCAGCUGUGAAUGCUAUUGUCGCUACUCACAUUGCCCCAGUAGUGACUGCCCAUGAUAUCGCAGUAGUAACUACUCAUGCGGUUCCAGUUUUUGGAUCAAGAACUACAAUUUCCGAACACUCAUCCAGCAUAGAGCAUGCAUCUCCAGCUGUGCAUGCUGUAGUUUCAGCCCACGCAGCACCAGUUCUGGCCACUCCAGCAGUUACUACCCUACAUGUUCCCGUUGCUGUCGUCCACUCUGCUCCAAUAUUGAACAGAGGAGUUUUGGCUCAUGAGUCUGAGAAUACUGUUGUAUCUGGACCAUCUGGAAGUAUUUCAGUUGGAAGAUAUGUUGCUGGCCCAGCUGGAAUAACUAACCACGAUAUUCAUUUCGGUAACCAUUAG